AGCACGCCCUCACCCACCCGCCUUCCCUCCGUGUUUUUGGGGCUGGCAGGGCAAAACCCCAGGUCCUUCAGGACGUCUGUGCUGGAGCUUCCCCUGCUCCUCCGUGCCGGCAGGGCUUCUCCCCACAUGGAGGAGAAAUGGGCCUCGUGAGUACCCAGGAUCUAUUAGGAGCUGCUCUCGUCUGCCUCCACGAAGAGCGCCGUUGGGAAUACAGCGACGCCUCUUGGAUAGCGACGGGAUGGAGGGAGGCACACGUGGACAGGCGCAGCAGGAGUGCACGGUGUUCGUCACGGGCACGGCACAGCCCCGCCGGGAUCGGUGCGGAGGUGGCUCCCCGUGAGGACACAGGGACACCCCCUUCCAGGACUGCCUCCCCUUCCUUCCCCCAGCUCCUCCCUGCUGCCCGAUCGCCUGCCACAUUUCCAGGGAUCUGCAGGAGGAUCCAGGGCUGGGAGCCAGGAGGUUCCUCACUGCGCGGGGCUGGCGAGCGUGACGGCAAUGGGGAUGCGGACGAGGGACCCUGCAUGAACCCUGGCUGCUGGCGGCAUACUCGGGGCACAGCUUGUUGGGGACGGGGCUGCAGGGGCUCCUUGGGGUGGGGACAGACCCCGCAGUGCCCAGGCUGGCUGCUGAUGUCUCCCCGUGCCCCGCCAGCAGGACUGCUCCCCUAGUGCCGGCGCGGAGGCUCGCUCGUCUCACCAUGGUGCUGCCGCCGCCCGACAAGCGCCACGUCUGCCUGACCACCAUCGUCAUCAUGACCAGCAUGGCCUUCAUGGACGCCUACCUGGUGGAGCAGAACCAGGGGCCCCGCAAGAUCGGCGUCUGCAUCAUCGUGCUGGUGGGGGACAUCUGCUUCCUCAUCGUGCUGCGCUACGUGGCCGUGUGGGUCGGGGCCGAGGUGAAGACGGCCAAGCGGGGCUACGCCAUGAUCCUGUGGUUCCUGUACAUCUUCGUGCUGGAGAUCAAGCUGUAUUUCAUCUUUCAGAACUACAAGGCGGACAAGAAGAACCUGGAGACGGUGGCCAGGAAAGCCCUGACCCUGCUCCUCUCCAUCUGCGUGCCGGGGCUCUACCUGGUGCUGGUGGCCUUGGACAGCAUGGAGUACAUACGGACCUUCAGGAAGAAGGAGGACUUGAGGGGGCGCCUCUUCUGGGUGGCCCUCGACCUGCUGGACAUCUUGGACAUCCAGGCCAACCUGUGGGAGCCGCACAGGACCGGCCUGCCCAUCUGGGCGGAGGGGCUCAUGUUCUUCUACUGCUACAUCCUCCUCCUGAUCCUGCCCUGCGUGUCCCUCAGUGAGAUCAGCAUGCAAGGGGAGCACAUCGCCCCCCAGAAAAUGAUGCUCUACCCCGUCCUCAGCCUGGUCACCAUUAACAUCGUCACCAUUUUCAUCCGGGCCAUCAACAUGGUCCUGUUCCAGGACAGCAGGGUCUCCACCAUCUUUAUCGGCAAGAACAUCAUCGCCAUCGCCACGAAGGCGUGCACCUUCCUGGAGUACAAGCGGCAGGUGAAGGAGUUCCCGCAGAACGCCAUCGCCCUGGAGCUGCAGCAGAACUCCCUGUCCCACAACCAGACGGUGCACAGCACGCAGGGCAUCCCCCACGAGCCGUCCCCCGCCAGCGAGAUCCUGGACACAUGACGGGUGCCGCUGAGGGCGUCGGUUCAGACAGCCCCCGAGG